GGAGCACGGCUUCACCCGCUGGACGGCGGAGCGCGGCGGGCUCCAUGGGGCCGGGCGCGCUGCCCCUGGGCUGGGCGCUCUGCGGCCUCCUGCUGCUGCUGCCGCCGCCCGCCCGCGCCGAGAGGCCGCCCGGCACGCACCUCGACCCCUCCGCCAUCGCAGAGUUCUGCCGCAUCGACCAAGCCCUGUGCCACGACGAGGACGAGCAGCUGAGCUUCGAGGCCGUGCGCAGCAUCCACAAGCAGAUGGACGACGACGCCAACGGCAACGUGGACGUGGAGGAGAGCGACGAGUUCUUGAGGGAGGACCUCAAUUACCAUGACCCAACGGUUAAGCACAGCACCUUCCAUGGAGAAGACAAACUCAUCAGUGUGGAAGACCUCUGGAAGGCCUGGAAGACAUCUGAAGUCUACAACUGGACAGUUGAUGAGGUGGUGCAGUGGCUCAUCACUUAUGUGGAGCUACCCCAGUACGAGGAGACCUUCAGGAAGCUCCAGCUCAGUGGUCAUGCCAUGCCCAGGCUGGCUGUGAACAAUGUGACCCUGAUGGGAAGCGUCCUGAAGAUGACUGACAGAAGCCACAGGCAGAAGCUGCAGCUGAAGGCUUUGGACACUGUGCUCUUUGGACCUCCUCUGUUGACUCGCCACAACCACCUGAAGGACUUCAUGCUGGUGGUCUCCAUCGUCAUCGGGGUGGGAGGCUGCUGGUUUGCCUACAUCCAGAACCGCUACUCCAAGGAGCACAUGAAGAAGAUGAUGAAAGACCUCGAGGGCCUCCACAGGGCUGAGCAAUCUCUCCAUGACCUCCAAGAAAGGUUGCAGAAGGCCCAGGAAGAGCAUCGCUCUGUGGAGGUGGAAAAGGUCCACCUGGAGAAGAAGCUUCAGGAUGAGAUCAGCAUUGCCAAGCAGGAGGCCCACAGGCUGCGGGAGCUCCGGGAGGGCACCGAGAAUGAGCUCAGCAGGCAGAAAUACGCUGAGCAGGAGCUGGAGCAGGUCCGCAUGGCCCUGAAGAACGCUGAGAAGGAGCUGGAGUCCCACUGCAGCUGGGCAGCUCCUGAGGCCCUGCAGAAGUGGCUGCAGCUGACCCACGAGGUGGAGGUGCAGUACUACAACAUCAAGAAGCAGAACGCUGAGAAGCAGCUGCUGGUGGCCAAGGAAGGGGCUGAGAAAAUCAAGAAGAAGAGGAACACCUUGUUUGGGACCUUCCAUGUGGCCCACAGCUCCUCUCUAGAUGAUGUGGACCACAAGAUCUUGACUGCCAAGCAAGCUCUGAGCGAGGUGACCGCAGCCUUGCGGGAACGACUCCAUCGCUGGCAGCAGAUUGAGCUCCUCUGUGGCUUCCAGAUAGUCAACAACCCUGGGAUCCACACCUUGGCUUCAGCCCUCAACAUUGACCCCAGCUGGAUGGGCACCCCAAGGCCCAACCCUUCCCACUUCAUCAUGACUGAUGAUGUGGAUGACCUGGAUGAGGAGAUCGUCUCUCCCAUGUCCAUCCAAUAUGCAGCCUGGCUCUUGGGGCGCAGGUUCAGUGACCGCUCGUCCUUGUCCUCCUCAGAAGAUCAAUCCCUCUGGAGAUAUCCUGCUCCUGCCCUGUCCAGCACGGUUCGCCAGCGCCUGGUGGAGCCCCAGCAGCACCUCCACAGCUCCCAGAGGUUGGUAGAGAGUUAUGGGCAAGGCCAGAGUGAGUUGGGGCAAGCUCGGGUCGGCCGGGCAGGCCGAGUGUCCCUCCGCCGAAUGCAGAACCACUCCUUUGGACAGUCCUUCAGUUUUGACCUUCCUGCCACCACUCCUCCUCCUCAUCCUUCUUCUUCCACCUUUUGCUCUUCAUCCACCACCACCACCGCCGCCACCGCCGCUGCUGGCCAUGGCCACCCAGUCUAUUACCAUCACACCACCUCCUCUUACCUCCUCCUGACGGACUCCGUCCUUGAUCUGCCCCCUCCUGAUGUCACCUCUGGAGUUGGUUGUCACGCUGAGAGCUUUGGAGACCUAACUCGCUGCGACUCGGACUCCUCCAUCCCCCACCUGAGCGACCACCAGCGCAUCUCCAGCUCCGCUCCCAAGCUCCUGGCUGCCCGUCCCACCCUCCUCACCAGGUCCAUCGAGGAGCCCCCCCCAGGCCACCCCCACCACCCCCACCACCACCCCCCUCCCGGCGCUGGCCCCACCUCCAACGGCGGCGGCGGCGCUGGCGGCAGCGGCCGGCCCGGGGAGGCCUCCCCCUUGACGGCCUCCCUCUUACCCGAGAGCCCCAUGGUGAUGAAGAAGAUGAUGAUGGCGGUCAACCACGGCCUGGAGAAGUCCUCCAGCCUGGGGGAGAUCGCCCAGGCCCCCGCCCCGAGCAGGCCGAGCCACUCGGAUUCCUCUCGCUCGCACAGCCCCAGCUCCACCGAGCCAGAGACCCCCUCCCCCAUCUCUGACGGGAGGCCCGGCGGCUCCAAGAGCACCAGGAUCCCACAGCUGGCCCCCAAGAAGAACCCAGGGGAGGAGGACAGCAGCUUGACAGGAGAUGAGGUGGAGCUGGGCCAGAGCAAGAAGAAAUUCCCCCUAAAGAUCUUCAAGAAGCCCAAGAAAUAAAAAGAGGAGGAGGAGGAGGAAAAAGCUGGGGGCGGAGGGAAGAGAAGAUGAGAGGAGGAUGAAGGAGGGGAGGACAGAAGAAGCGGCACCUCCUCUGCUUCCCCCAAGCCAGGAGCAGCAGCUUGAACCCAACUUGGCCCUUGGUGGGCAACCCAAAGCCGUCCUGGGGACCUCACUGUCUUCUCCAAGCCCUCCCUGGAGUCCAGGAGGAGCUCUUCAAACUCUUUAUUUAUUUCCUGAGCUCUCAGAAGAUACAAAGAUGAAGAUUGAGGAGGAGGAGGAGGAGGAGGACAGCUCCAACCACCACCACUUCCACCACCACCACCACGAGACCACCUCCCCACUAUGUUCUUCUGCCCCUCCCCCACCUUUGCCCCACACAUGGCUUCCACUCCCCUUCUGCCUCUGCUCAACAAAAGCCACCAGCUGGGGGUUUGGUGUCCACCUGGUUUGAGCUUUUUCUUGGCUGUUGUUGUCUUUUAGGAUGAAAUGGUUGGGGUUUGGAGGUUGUCUUCUGAAGUUCUUCCAACCUGCUUGG